UUCCACUAAAUUCGGUCUACUUAGUAUCAUUCAUUUGGUGAACUUCGUAUAAACACUCUUCUCGUAAGGUUACGUUUAUGAACACGAUUAUUUGGCCAGUAGUUUAUUGACAACAGUUGUGGUAAGACGAACGAACAAUGGCCGCUGCAGGAAGUACGAGUGCCGGUACAAUUUUGCAGAAACUCGGUUUAAAGCCGAUCACGAAAUGUAGUCUUGUCAAAUUUUACGCUCCUGCUUUCGGCGUUGCUUCGUACACCGCAUUAUCUAUCAACGUGAUGAAUCCGAGUCUUGUCAUCAGGGUCUUUCCAAAAAAAGAUAUUACAAACUUCUUAUUGGGAAGUGCUCUUCUUGGCACUGGCUCUUACAUAUACAGUCGUGAUCACAUGAAAAGUGCUUCUACAAGUGUAAAAGUUUUGUAUAGUACUGCUGGUGCUGUAUUACUGAGCUUUGGAUCAGUGUUAGUAUGGGCUGUACUUCGAUCCAUUGUACCACCUAAUCCAACUCUAUGUACAAUAAUUGGUAUUAGUUCUGGGCUUGCAUUCAUCAAAGUUGGUUCCAGUUAUCUAAACUUUGUUGAUAGUCAGAUACCAAAGAAGUAGAUUGAAAUAAGUUUUGUGAUUGACAUAUGAUCAAUGUAUAUCAAAUACAUCCAAACAAAAAAUUUGCAAUAAUAUAACAUAAAAUAGCAGAUUAUAUUGAAUUGAUAACACAGAAAGAAAUUUACGCACUAAGCAAGGAAUUCUUGAAUGUUUAUAAAUUUUUAUACUUUCUAUGAUCUUUGCUCUAUAAAUGUCAGCAAAUAAGAAGUCAAAUUAUGUUGAAAAUAAUCAUGAAUUACUUUUAUUCUGUAUUUGUUAAUUAUUUGCAAGUUCUAAUAAUUACACAGAGGACAUAUAAAAUAAAAAUUUAAAUAUCAUU